CCGCCUGACGUACACUUGCAGCACAGCACAGCUCCACACGACACAGCGAGUGUCGGAUCCCCUUCACUGGCUACGGCAAACAGUGGAAUGUCACGUGAAGCCCUCGAGUCAUGACAGUAGCUAAACACAGUUGUGCUGGAAGCGGGACAAACAGACUGAGCAAGAGAAAGGAACAGGUGAAAGGUUAAGUUCUGUACAGAAGCAUGACCACGUGACUGGUAUGGCGGACUCCCAGAGGACAGUGCAGCCAUGGACAGAUCCCCCGGAAGCGGAACUGCGUCGUGUGAAGACAAUGGUCGAGGAUGAACUGCUAAUCAAACUGGGCGCCAAGAAAGAGGCUAUUGAGUUUCAUCCCCUGAUCCUGGCACAAAGACCCGAGCGGCCAAAGUCUUCUGUCGUCCCUGACUACCGCCGUGUGAAGCCCCCCCGUCAGGAGAAACAGCAGCCCAACAGAAACCCUUGGAGAUGUUCUGAUCAAGCCCUUCGUCAGCUGACUAAUAAUCGCACUCGCCAAGGUCCUCGUCAGAUUCAACUGCCGUCUGCCAGCAGCCGCAGGACCGUCAACCUCCGGACCAUGCCAGCCUGUGAUGAGGAGUACAGGAAACUGAGACUGGUGAAGCUGAGCAAGAGAGAUGAAAUUCUAGCCGAGUGGCCAGUGUACCAGAGCCAAGCCUACCUGCUGAAGAGGCUGACCUUCUUCGUGGUGCCGGACACUGAUGAGCUGCGUCGCUUCUCUCUCGUGUCCUCCACGUCAUCCAUCGCUGGUCCCGAGAAAAAGUCCGCUCACCCUCGCCCCGCGCGCCGCGUCCUUGACCAUUUGACCCAACCCACCCUCCGCAAGCGACCCCGCGCUCGGUGGCGAGGGAUGGCCAGGCAGGUCUUGUGGAACACUAAGGCGGCGCAGAUGCGGAUGCCGGAAGAAAUUCCGAGGUCGGAGGUCAGAAUCUACGUCUCGUGUACGGAAGAUAUGUCAGAGGAACGGGAGUUCCUAGCAGAGGUCGCUUACCCAGAGUUAAGACGAUUUUGCGAGAAGCAUGGGCUGGGAUGUCACGUGGUUGACCUACGUCACGGCAUCAAUCGCCUGAAGAAUGAUCGAGAAACCUUUGAUGUCAUUGACUAUGAGGUCAAGAAAUGCCAGCAGUACUCCAUCGGCCCGAGCUUCGUCAGCAUCAUCGGCCGAGAGGCAGACGACAGACACCUGCCCGGCUGGAUGUCCAAGGACGACGUUCUGGCCGUUCGGAGCGUGCUGGUGAAGCGCGAGGACGUGGUAGCAGUGGAGGCCCUCGACAACAUCUACAGGCUGGACUCCAACUACAACCCGCCCAUAUACCUCCUGGAGGAAUCUCAGUUUUUCGCAGAGACUGCAGAAACCAAAGUUCUUCAGAAUGUUCUUCCCGAUGUACUCAACCUUCUCCGUGGUGAGGGGAAGGUAAAGGACAGUAAGGGUUUCUACCCAUGGAGCAGUACGGUCAGAGAAGUCGAACGGGGACUCUUGAAAUGUCUGGAGCCCAACAGGCAGACGAUUUGUUUGAUGGCUCGUGCCGAUAACAAGAGCGACACGGACAUCACGGCCAGCACCGGCGACCUCGGCGCCGACAAACUGCGGGCAGCGGUGAGCGACUGCUACAAGUUCACCAGCAGCAAGAACAACCUGGUGCUCUUCAACAUCGGAAAGAAAAAUGUGGCCUACCUGCGUGAGGUGUGCGCUGUCUUCCUGGCGGCGGUCACACGACUGAUCGAGAGCCAGAUCGGCCAUCAUGAGUUUGACAUCACGCAUCACAUGACCAACGCCGCAGACCUCGUGCAGCACGUGCGCGUGGCCAGACGUGCGUGCGAUGGUUUUAUUGGUUGCGAGCAGGCGGUACAGAGAAUCUGCGACCUUUUCACUGACGCAUCGGCGCCACGGGUCGCGGUGGUUGCUGGGCCGGAAGGACGAGGCAAAACUUCGCUCGUCGGCCACACAGCCGCAGUUUUGUCGCUGGCUGCGCCGCGGAGGAAGCUAGUGUUCCGGACAAUCGGCAUCACCCUGAGCUCGUCCACACUGUUCCACACGCUAAGCAGCGUCUACGCACAGGUGGCCUACCUGUACGAGAUCAGUCCUCACCUUCCCGCGGACAUCAACUUGGGAGAACUGCUGCAGGAGUUCCGGAAUCUUCUCCAGAAAGCUCGGGAGAAGUUUCGCGACAAGGGAUUCUUCGUUCUGAUCCUGGAUGGCGUGGACAAGCUGCGUGGACUUCAGGCGAAGCAACUGAGUUUUCUCGUAGCCUCGAUUCCAGCUGGGGUCGCGCUGCUCAUGUCUAUGAGUGACUUCGGGCCGCUUUACGAGACGAUGAAGGUCUUUGCCAAUAUCGAAAUGAUCCAUUGCGAGCCCAUGAAGUCCGACUACCUCAACUCCUACAUCAACUCUUUUCUCGCGAGAUGUGGUCGAGUGCUGAAAAAUGAUCAGGUCAAGGCGAUCCUAAAUGAACUCACGGAGGAAAACGAACCUCUCGUGGCAAAAAUCGCUGCAUCCAUGGCCUCACGCUGGCCUUCCCACACCUUGAACGAUGACCUGGACAUCUCGUCUGAUAUGGAAAAAGCUUUCAACAGGCUGGUGCAAUCCUGCGAAAUGCAGUUAGGACUCAAAUUCACGCGAUACUCUCUCUCGCUCUUAGCAGCUUCUCGCUACGGACUUGCCGAGUUCGAGAUUCUUCAUCUGAUCUCAUCGGACUCGGAGCUGAUUGACGAGAUCAAGGAGGAGAUCGAAGACUUGAGUGUCGUUGAAGGCUGCCCUUACCAGCUACAGCUCAGCCGACUGCUGUGGAGGCUUGAGCCUUUCCUGUUUGAAGUGAAAACUGAAGGAGAGACUAUUCUCAAAAUCAGCCACAGAACUCUUGAAAAGGUCGUGAGGGAGAGGUUCAUGAGGGAUGGAUUCCAGUACCACAUCCACAGCAGGCUGGCCACGUACUUCCAGAUCACCCGCCGGGGUCACCUGCUGAGUUCUCGAGACAUCGCAGAGGGACAGCACAAAGAUCUCUCGCGUUACCUGUGGAGGACCCUCCGCUCCGUCCCCUACCAUCUGUGCCACUCCCACCCGGACCCCAAGGAAGCGUGGAAAGUGCUUAAGUCCGCGGUUUUCACGAAGUUUGCCUGGAUCAUCAACGAGAUCUAUGCUGGCUUCUUCAACGACUUUAUCGACGACAUGAACUACGCUUUGGAGACCCUGGGCCUAGACUCGGAGGUUCUUUUCUUACGCCAGUUUCUGACCAGUGUCCGGAAGACCAUCAUCUUCAACCCAGUCUCCCUGGCCUCACUGAUGGCCGGGCAGGACUUGAAAGAGAUGGCGGAAGUGCACCGGUCGGUGACGGAAGCCACGGAUUGGUUGAAACAAGUCAACGUGCAGGUGCUUGUGCCCGCAGCUUUUACAGUAGAGAAGGCCAGCCAGCUCCUCCUCAACACGGCGCUACUGAAGACCGUAAGCACUCUGGUGACGGACGCCAAAGGGGAACGUGUGUUGGCGCAGCAUGACACCUUCCUGACGUCAGUGGAGCCCAUUUCCGGAGAAGAAACAGUUGUAGCCUCUUUUCAUCGCGGAUACUAAGCACGCAUUUGUGGGGAUCGCAUUUCCUGA